AUGAAAAUAAUAACCUGGUUACUUCCUCUUUUAGUAAUAAAUAUAGUAAUAAAAUGUAAUAACAAAAUAAAGGAUAAUAUAUUUCAAAACUUACGAAAAAAAACCAAGUUUUUAGUUUUAAAUGAGCCAAUAAUAGAUUUAGAUUUUAGUGAAAAUUUAUUUCACACUCUUUUAUUUGAUUUAGAAAUAUAUAAUAAUAUAUAUACAUUAGAUAAAACUUUAUUAAAUCUCGAAAAAUCAAAUCAUUCGAAUAUUUUCAAAUUAUUAAUUGAAACAUAUGAAACAGUUAGUAAAGAAAAUGAACAAGCUAAUGAUGAAAAUAAAAUAAAAUAUGUUAUUUUAGCAACUUCACAUACUAGAUUACAUCCUAUAAAUCUAGAAUAUUUAUUAUUAAAAUUUAACAAAUAUAUUUAUAAUCAAAAUACAUAUCAAAAUGGAGAUAUUGACAUUAAGGCUAUUCUUCAAGAAUAUAAUGAAGAAAUAAAUGAAAGUUUAGAAAAAAAAAAAAAAAUAAAUAAUAUUUCAAAUAAUAUGGAUGAAAUAUAUAAAGAUAAUAUAAUAUCAGCUCUUUUAAGCCAAGAAAAAGACAGUAGUGAUAAAUUUGUUAAAAAAAAUAACAUUUCCAGAAAUCUCAAUAAUUAUAAUAAUCAAUACAAAGGUAUGUUUGUUGGAUAUGGAUUUAAUGAUAACGAAUCUUUUACUUUUCACAAUCUUAAUGAAAAUAAAAAAAUUUUAUUUCCUUCAAUUAAUAGUGGAAUAAUACUAGAUAUAAUGCUAUUAAAAAAUAUAUAUGAAAAUUAUAUUAAUAUACACAAAAAAAAUGAACAAAUUAUACACAAAGAUUAUAUAUAUGAAAUAUCUAAAUUUAUUUAUGAUAAUAUUAAUGUUGAAUUAACUCAUUUUGAAAAUACAUGUUUGGAUACAAAACAAAAUAUAUAUAUAAUUAAUAAAGAAAAUACAGAAUUUGAUGUUUAUAAAUACUAUUUAACAAAAGCAUUGUUUCAAGAUUAUGAUAAAUCAAGUAUAAAAGAAAAAGAGGAAACACAUAAUGAAUAUUUAAUUAUGUCUUAUUUUCAAUUAGCAUAUCCAAUAACUAAUUGUGUUACUUAUUCUGGGCGUUCACAAAAUGAAACUUUUAUAGGAUUUGAUAAGUUUAAUAUGAUUAGUAUUGAAAAUGAUGAAAAAUUAAAAUAUUAUAUAAAAGAAACUGAAGAAAUAUCCUUUAAUAAUAUAGAUGAAUAUAAACAAAAAUUUAAUGAUAUAAAUAAAAGAUAUGAUGAAAUAUUAGAACAUAGUGAACAUAACUUAACACAUAAAGAUGUUGUUUUUGGAAUAAAAACAAAUAUAAAUAUGGAAUAUCGAAUAAAUUAUAUUAAAAACACUUUUGAUAAUAAACAAAAUAAUAAACAAAUUUUUAACAAUUUAAAAAUUACAAAAACAUUAAAAAAUCAAAAAGAAACAAGCGUAAUUAAUACAGAUCUUUUAAAAAGUGGAUUUGAUAAUGAAAAUAUAGACAUUCAAAUUUUUUAUAUCUCUGAUAUAGAAAGUAAAUUAUUCAACACUUUGAAAUAUGACACAUAUGAUAUAUCGAAUAAUAGUUCGUGUGAAAAAAUGAAACGAAUUAUUUUUCAUUUUUAUGAAGAAUAUGUAGAAAAAGACAAAAAAAAAAAUAAUAUAAAAAGUUUGAAAAAACCCAAAUAUUUAUUUAUUGGAAAUGAUAAUACUUUUGUCAAUAUAAAAAAUUUAGUUGAUGUUAUGAAUGUUGCUUCAAAUAAAUGUAUGCAUAUAAAAAAGCAUAUGUAUGAUAUAUAUCUAAAAUCUUUUCAAUUUUUAAAAAAAAACGAGCCCAAAUUUCUUAAAAAUUUUAAUAAAAAUCCACCACUAUUUUAUCAGUAUAUAAAACAAAAUUUUCUGGAUGUAAUACAUAACUUGAAAAAAUAUAAUUAUAGUCCAAAGUAUUGUAAAGAUAACAAUAAUAAUGAUGUAAAAAGUAGCUUCAAAUACAAUGUCCCUAUUUUUUUAGGAAAAAGAUAUUCAUAUAAUACAUUUUACAACAAUAAUGAAACUUAUGAUUAUUUAGCAUCCGAUGCUGGUAUAUUAAUAAAUGAUAGUUUUGCAAAAAAAAUAUAUUUCUGUAAAAAUUGUGUAUGUCUUAAUAAUAAUGAUCAAUCAUAUGAUAUGAUUUUAGGAAAAUGGGUAAAUAAAUUAAAUAUUUUAACAAUUAAUUUUGAAGGUUUUUUUCCAAAUCAUCCUGAUAAUUAUAAUAAAAAAUAUUUAAAUACAUUAGUUCCCAUUACUUAUAAUAAUUUAAAUUUAAAUAAAACGGUAGAAGAAAUAAAAAAAACAUAUUUUCAAUAUUUAGUAAAUUUUAAUAAAGAUGAAAUAGAAGGUAAAACUGAUUCAUAUAUAGAUUAUUUAGAUCAAAAUUUUAAAAACACAUUUGAUAAUAUUUUUCAUUACUUUUUUUAUAUUAAGAAUUAUUAUAAUUCACCAAAAGAUGAAAAAAAUAAUAAUAUUUCAAAAAUUAACAAAAAAAUUUAUGCCAAAAUGGAAUAUAAUGGAUCUUACAAAAAACUGUUUAAUUUAUCGAAAUUUUUUAAAGAGGAAAUUGAAAAUAUAAUACAAUUUAAAUAUAAUAAAAAAAAUGGAACUCGAAAAGAAAAAUUUAAUUACGUAAAUAAUUACGUUGUAGAAAAUACUGAAAUAAAAACUAAUCAAAAUUAUGAAAAUGAAGAACUUGUUCAAGAUUAUUUUCCAGAAAAUUCUGAAGAAGAUGAUGAAAAUGAUUUAUUUAGUGAAGAUGAUUUUGAUUAUGAUGAAUAUAUAAAAGACAUUGAAAAUAGUAGAAAAUUAUAUAAGGAACAAAUAGACCAAUAUAAUGAGAGAGCCGAAAAUACUUCAAAUUCGACUAAUAAGCAUAACAAUCAAAAUGCCGACACUCCAGAUGAAUAUUUCAAUAAUGAACUUUAG